GAAGGUGGGGUGGAGGUUACAUUGUUAUGUUUAAACUUUCCACGAUCCUCCCUUCCACAAAAUAAUGUUGUCAUGUUAUUGGUGAAACGAGACAGUGCAUAAAGUCCAAGGAGGUGAUUACGACCUCGUACAGUUUCAAAAAGCCAAGGUUCCACUUUUACCAGACUUUCUAAAGCUGAAGCACCUAUACGUUAACUAUACAUAAUGGGUCCUUUAAUAACAAACAUCAAAUUCAACCCUACCUUUCGUUCUCUAUGUACAUGCGCAACCAGAGCAUUUUCUACCAAUGUAAUGCUAAACCCUAAAGACGACGCUAAAGAAGUUACGCUGAAAUAUUUGGAUGGGAAGGAUAAUGGUAUUGUAGUCUUGGGAUUAAACCGGCCAGCCGCUCGCAAUGCGCUUGGAAAGAAUUUAGUCAACCAACUGAGCGAUGCUAUUUCUUGCAUCAAAGAAGACACAAAGUUGAGAGUGCUGAUCGUUCGUAGCUUGGUUCCAAAGAUAUUCUGCGCCGGUGCAGAUCUACGAGAAAGAUUGAAGAUGGAUAAUUCGGAGGUUUCCAAUUUUGUUUCUUCGUUAAGAGACAUUACCAAUACCAUAGAAUCGCUACCGACUCCUGUGAUAUCAGCUAUAGAUGGCAUAGCUGUUGGCGGAGGAUUAGAAUUGGCAUUAGCUACAGAUAUUAGAGUCGCCGCAGCGGAAGCUCAAAUGGGUCUCGUGGAAACAAAAUUGGCUAUUAUACCAGGGGCUGGUGGUACACAGCGGCUUCCAAGAAUAGUUGGGCCUGCCAAAGCAAAGGAACUCAUUUAUACAUCGCGUAUACUCGACGGUGAAGAUGCCAUGGAGAUUGGUUUGGUAAAUCAAGUCGUUCCACAGAACAAAGAAGGUGAUGCUGCUUACCAGGUUGCUCUAUCCAUCGCCAGAGAAAUAUUGCCUAAUGGACCGCUUGGAGUCAAGGUGGCAAAAGUUGCGAUAUCAAAAGGUUUGGAGGUAUCCAUCGUAGAUGGACUCGAAAUCGAAAGGCAAUGUUACAACAAAAUUGUGGACACGAAAGACAGAAUCGAAGGACUGACAGCAUUCGUAACGAAACGUGUACCUGUUUAUCAAGGCAUAUAAAGCCUGCAAUAAUCGACGUGCAAUGCAUUUUACAAUUUUAUUACGCUUAAUUAACUAAUACCAAGAAAGUGCAUUUCUAUACUGAAAUUAAACAUGGAAACGGAAUAUUCUUUUAUUAUUGUUUUCUAAUAUGACUAAUUUUACUAUAGGUACGUUUAGAAAAUAUCGAACAUAUUUGCAUUUAUAGGAAGUCGUAUAGUCAUUGUACGAGAUGAGUCGAUAGUAUUUCCCAUCUCAUCGAACAAAAUUAUUUUAUCGACUCCUACAUAACGAACUUGCAAUAUGAAUGGUACUUUGAAAUAUUUCAUUGUCUACUCUUCUUUUGAGAGAAAAUUAUAUGUAUCAUUUUUACCUUUUGUUAAACUUGAAAUUUGUAUAAAGUAUGGGCGUGAGUGUGAGUAUAAGUGAGGAAAAGGGGUAAUAUGUACAUGUAUAUAUA